GUAAGGCACCCACCGCAAUUGGUGGGUCUGAUUGCAAUUGCACAUCAGAUGUUCGGCCAACUCCAAACACUCCCUCCAAGGCCGACAAUUUCCAAUUGAAUCAUCACCUCUGGACCUCACACAGACCCUCCCCACUCAUCAAGAUGCGUUCUACCGCCGCCCUCCGAAUGUUCAGGCAGACGCCUCGCAUGCUGCGACCCGUUCCCAAGGAGGACCAGGCUGGCCACACCGUCUCUCAGCGACUCCGAAAGCUCAAGCAGAUCCCCCCGGAGCUGUACCCCCUCGGUAAUGCGACCCGCCGCUCCAUUGAGCCUUUUCUUGUGCUAAUUGCCUUCUCAGCCGUCGUCGUGGCCUUUGCUCUGGGCGCCGCCACCUACUCCAUCAGCCGCAAGUUCCUUGUCGACAAGAACCUCCGUCUUGCGCGACAGGGCCCGUCUGCCCGUGCUGAGGAGCACUAAGCUUGUGCGCGGGGUUUCGGGAACCUGCUGGGAUUGUCUGUCCAUUAGCCGUCAGGGAGCAGUGUUGUAUAUGUCAAAGAAGAAGAGCAGGGUGUUCAAUCAAGCA